GCCGAGCCGUGCUCCUGGGCCGCGGCCCGCGGGCGCGAGCCGGCGCGCCGACUUCAUGGGGCGCGGCGGGCGCGGCAAGGGCCGCGGCGGCUGCGGCAAGGGCCGCGGCGGCGGCGGCGGCUGCUGGCAGCCCCACGGCCGACGAAUCAGCGAGAGCAGGGGCAAGGCUACUCGGAGGACGACCGGGCUUGGGCCUCCUCACAAGUGCCAGCACCACCUCUGGUGCCCCAGAGACCCCUGGCGGCGCAGUGGCGCUUCUACUGCCGGGCGCUGCGGCAGCGAGCGCCCGAGGAGGAGAGAUCCGCGACGUCAAAGAGCAGGUUGGCCUAGGCGACCACCUCGUGGUCCACUACGAUUGGGGCCAUGGGGAGCAGCACGGCAUCGUCGCCGACGAGCCCAGCAACGGGGGCGGCCGGCAGCGCCGCGGCGAUCGGAGCCCCCCUCGGUGGUGCACUGGAACGGCUCCCAGCUGCAGCGGAGCCCGCUGCCGCAAUUCGCGCGGGGCGGCAGGCUGCUCCGCGUGGGCUAUCCGCACUGGGCCUGCCAGUGCCACGUGCCGGCCGCAUCCACCCUGCGGGCGAGCGUGGUGGUCGAGCAGGAGCUGCGGGCGCAGGAGGACGGCGCCGUGGCGCGCCAGGCCGGCAGCGCGCUCCGCAGGGGCUGGGCCCCUCGCUGGAGCCAGGCGGGCGACCUGGAGUUCUGCAUAGAGAUGAAGACUGGCUCCAGCCUGCCCUUCGAGCUUCACGCUCGCGGCGCCGUGCGCUCAGGGCCUCUGACGCCCCUCGGUUGCGCCCUGCGCGGCGAGGCGGCGCCGUCGAAGCUCUUCGGCGCCGGCGGCUCCGAGGGCGCCGGCCCGCCAGCGGGGCAGCAGCUGCAGCUGAGCGCGCACCCGCAAGACGGCUCGCAGCCCGCCGCGGCGCAGGAGAGCUUUACAGCGCCGUCAGGGCGCAGGCGCCCGGCGGCGUUUCGCCCGCGCGGGCGCAGGCGGCGCGGGCGCAGGCUGCUCAGGCUGCGCAGGCUGCGCAGGCGCAGGCGGCGCAUGCGGCGCAGGCGCAGGCCGAGUUCCAGGCCAUGCAUGGCGGCGUGUACGGCAUGGGCUACGCGCAGGACCCCGCCUGGAGCGGGCAGGGCUACUUCCCCCAGCAGCACCACGAGCAGUGGGGCGGCUGCGCGGGCCGGUCCCACGUGGCCUACCCUCAGGAGGCAAUGGAGCGCGGCGGGGUGCGCCCAGGUCGGCCAAGCGGCUGGGGCCACCUGGCUGCCGCGCAGGCCUUCGCGCAGGGUGGCUGCGGGGCCUGUGGCGCCCUGCCGGAGGGGCACUGGUCCCAGGCGGGCGCACAGGAGACCAGAACAUGUACCAGUGAUGCCGCGCUGCGCGUUGUGGCAGGCUCGCAGCAGCUCCCUCCACACCCUACUGCUUCCCCAUCCUUAAGCGUCAACUGUCAUCUUGAUGUCCUGUCUCCCUCCGGGUGGACGCGGCAACUUACGCAGUCGUUCCAGUUGUGUCUCUGUACUCGGCAGUUCACAGAACAUAUCAGCUAUAUGAUUCUCGUUCUCCCGUCCCCCGUCGCGUGCGUGCCUCAUUCCUCACCGUCCUUCUACUGCUCCUGUUCAUCCAUCUUCCCGCCUGCCGUCUGGUCCACAUCUGCCCCGACUGCACUUACUCUUCAGCCCAUGUCAUCCGCGUCCUCGGCAUGACGACCCACCUGCUAUUCUGACACGGAGCACUGGAAUGACGCCCAGUGACGUCUUCGAUGUGUCUAGGGGAAGCUAAGAAUCUUGGGACGCGGAGCGCACUCUGGAAGCGCUUCAUCACCAGUGCAAGCAGGUACUGACC